AUGAUAAACAGCUGCGAGAGGAGGACGGUUUGCACUGCAGCAUCACACUGGCAUCUUUGGUUCUGCAUUGGAAAUUUGCUUCUCGGGAAUGCACAAAAGCACAUAUUUCACACUCGGCUGCUGCAGAGUUUGGAUUGCACACACCGAUGGAUUACCGCUUCUUUAAGAACUGGCUCCCUGCCCACUGAGGGAGAAUAGAUGCUGAUUUAGGAAGGGAAAAAGCACUUUGUUUUUGGAGCAGAAGACUGAACGGGCAACUUUCAGGAUCCGAAAAGAGACUUGGAUGACAGGUUAAUGGCUGCGUUGAGCUGAAACCGACCCCCCCCCCCCUCCCCCUCCUGCUCCCUUCUCCCUUCAGUCCAAACAUGAACUCUUCCUCCAAUGCAAACCAAAGUGGCUCUCCCCCAUUCUGCCUGCUGGGCGCCGUGGGUUACUCCCGCAGUCUGGAUACCUGCAUGCUGGAGGUGGUCGUCAUUCUCUUCCUCACCGUGCUAAUCAUCGCAGGCAACCUGGUGGUGAUCUUUGUCUUCCACUGCGCCCCGCUGCUGCACCACCACACCACCAGCCACUUCAUCCAGACUAUGGCCUACGCCGACCUGCUAGUGGGCGUCAGCUGCCUGGUGCCCUCGCUGUCCCUCCUCCACUACCUCCGGGGCCUGAACGAGGAGCUCACCUGCAAGGCGUUCGGCUAUAUGGUUUCCGUGCUGAAGAGCGUCUCCAUGGCCUCGCUGGCGUGCAUCAGCGUGGACCGUUACAUCGCAAUCACCCGCCCGCUGUCGUACGCCACGUUGGUGACACCAUGCCGGCUGAGGGCGUGCAUCGUCCUCAUCUGGGUUUACUCCGCUCUGAUCUUCCUGCCGUCCUUCUUUGGCUGGGGGAAGCCGGGUUACCACGGGGACAUAUUUCAGUGGUGCGCUGACUCUUGGAAGACCAACCCUGGGUUCAGCACCUUCAUCUUGUUGCUGCUCUACGCACCAGCAGCGCUCACCGUCUGCUUCACUUACGGAAGUAUAUUCCGUAUCUGCCGGCAGCACACGCGGGAGAUCACCCAGCGCCACGCUCGCUUCAGCUCGCAGACGGGGGGCGAUAAAGGCGAGCGGGGAGAGCGCUGUGAGGGCUGCCCGGACAAACGUUACGCCAUGGUGCUGUUCCGCAUCACUAGUGUCUUCUACGUGCUGUGGAUGCCGUACAUCCUCUACUUCCUCCUGGAGAGCGCUGGGCUGUAUCAUCACAAGGUGGCAUCCUUCCUCACAACAUGGUUGGCGAUAAGCAACAGCUUUUGUAACUGUCUCAUCUACAGCCUCUCCAACAGCGUCUUCCGGAAAGAUCUCGGCCGCCUCUUCAGCCCGUUGUUACCCUCCUGCCUUGGCUGCACGGACACCAAAAAGGCUCCAGCCCCCAUCAGCCCGUGAUCAGACCCUUGAUGGAUAUGGGCAGUAUGAGCCCUGACGACAAUGAAUUCGAUUGGGUUUCUUUGGAGUCAUCGGCCUUCUUUGUGUUUGCUUUGCACUCAGCUGCAUAGCAUGACACAGGUCUUUUUGGUCCUGCAUUAAGAUGUGGUGAGGACCCCCUGCACAGCACGGAUGUAGAGGUGCUCGUGCAGAUGCCUGUCGGUCGUCUCCAAGGCAGAUGUUUGUGGAUGCUGUGAAGCUUUCUCAAAUGCUCUUGAGUGGGAUGCUGCUCUUUCAUGGCUGCAAAGAUCACAAGCUGACAACACAGAGUAAAGAGGUUUGAUACUGAUAAAGAAAGUGGACUGUAUGAAUAGGAUUUAUAUGUGCACCACUUCAAUGGAUUUAAUAAAUCAUCUUGCCUGCAAUGACUUAACAACUUCCAGAAGCAAAAAAAAAAUAGGACAGCACAAAGCGACUUGUCUCGUGCAAUCCACUGAAAUGCAAAAAAAAACAUUUAUAAUCAUUUCAAGGCUGACUGAACAAUCUGCAAAUUGUCUUGGUUCUUUCAGGGUAGAAUCAGGCGAUGCAAAAAAUGUUGGACGCUACACUUGAAACAGACUACUGAUCUGUUUCCCUUAGGGCACUCCAGACGAUUUUAUGAGUGUAUGAAAAGUCAAUCUGAUAAUCAGCCUGUGUGUGAGUUAAUGAUGUGUAUCAGAUGGACUUUAAGCUCAUUUCCCAGAGAGAAGAUUGAGGUUUAUUUCAGAGAUUGUGUGUGUUUUAUUCCUCUCUUUUGAAGCUAGGUGUUAGAGGGAAGCUUCAAGUAUGUUUACACGGUCUUGGGUUUCAUAUGAAAUUGUUGAUUUAAGAAUAAGCUUUACUUACUAGAAGGCCACUGACCGGGGCCAUUUUGCUGCCGGCAGACAGUGGCAUGUCCUCAUCAAAGAGACAAUACAUGGUAUUUAUUUACAGGGUUGCAUUCUCUGUUUGCAUUUCCUCCUCAGGUUCAUCAGUGGUUCUUUGUUAAGCCUCUGGGCUGUUUGCCUUUUGAUCUCAGCUGAAACAGUACAUGAUUCCUAAAUCACAAGCCACGUAGCGUCGUAAGAUAAUCACAUCCUGACCUGUCGGGUGGUAGUGAAUCUGCUUUCUCCCGGGAUGCACAUGAACCCCAUGCAAGGACUAACUUGACUGCAGUAUUUACUGCUUGUGUCUCUUGAGCCCUCGAGCAGCUGAUAGCUGUUCAGAUCCGGGUGAAGUGGAAGAGAAGCGUUAUCGCCGUGCAUCACAAGCCCGAUUUCAGAGUGUAAGAGGGUCAAAGCACCUUUUCAGAGAGCCAGUGGCCACUUGUGGCUUCAUGUAAAUACACUUCAGAGUUUAAAUAGCGGCUAACUGGGCCCCUAAUGGAAAGUAGACCUCUAGGAUAACAAAUGAUCUUGUGGACGGAGUGCUGUUGUGUAUGUCAUAAGAUACUUUAUUUGUCACAGCCCAAAGGUCUGACAUGCUACACUCUGAAUAUGUUUUUUGUUACAGUGUUGAGAAGAAGAAGUGAUUCUUUAUUAACUGCAGAGAGAUUUAAGAAGAGGAGUUUGGAAGGAGAGUUUGAAAGUCACAAUGAAAUGGUAUUUCUGAGAGCGUCUUGCUCUUGAAUUUGACAUAUUGGUAGUGGUUGAAAAAGAAGAGGAAACCAAGAGGAAUGUUUAGAAAAACAACAACACAAUGGCCAAAAGUAUAUGGAUGGCCGAUCACAAACCUUUGUGUAGCCGACUUUAUCUGGGGCUGUUCUCAAGGUUUUGGGCUCCUGAGAUCCAAUAGGGUGACAUUUGUAAGCGACACUAUAUACGCAAGUAUUUUCAAAGGCAAAACCAAGCCUUGAAUCAAAGUCAGAUUUUCUUUCUUUGUUUUUUUUUAAUAAAUGAAUAUUUUUCAGAGAAGAAAGCAUGUUAAAUUUUCAGUAAACUAUAAAACUGAACUGAAAACCAAACCUCACUUUGCAACACUCUGGUGUUGUAAUUUGCUGUGUAUUUUAGUUAUUUAUUGGUUAAUUUCACAGGGAAAGUUUACAUUAUUAAACCUUGUUGCCAAUGAGCUGGAUAAAAGAACCUGCUGUUAAUUUUAGUGCAAGAGAAACUGUCAACUAAACAUAAGAACUGUAUUAAGUUAGGGUUAGUCUUAACUUGAGUCACAUUUUUCCUCAAAUAUUAAGUGUAAAAGACAUUUUUUGAUGAGAUUAUUGCAUAUUUCGAGAACGAUAUUUAUCACCGUGUAGCAUGUUUUCUAGUAAUUAAUAAAUAAAUACAUGAAUAAAUAGUCUAUAUGAAAUAGCCACAUGGUAAAGCCUAUUUUUUGUAUACUCCUGCGAGGAUCAGUACUUAAAGCAUUGUCAAAAUGACGUAAAUAUUGCCAUAAUGCAGUUUGUCUGCUGGUUUUUCCACAUCACGAUCAAAACUUUGAUUUUGACUUUGAAGACGAUUUUUCUUUGAUAAGUAAAAAACAAAAAGAAAAAAAACAACAACAACAAAUCCCUCAAAACAUAGUAAAUGCAGUUUAGUCGUAUGGGAACGUAACUUUUAAGAGGACAGGGCUGAAGAUUUUCCCAAGUCAGAGUGCAGAUUGGAGGUGAUAAUGAAUUUAAGGGUAAAAAGAAAUAAAAUAAAGGAAGUACAUCUCAUCUGUCACAGUUUCCCGGCUGGCCUGAAUAUGGUAAACCGUUGAGCUUUCCUGUAGGGCACCCACAAACUAGUGAUAGAACGAUUAUUGGCCCGUUUGCGUUUAAUUUGCCUGACAACCGAUAUAAAAUUUAUUCAUUAGGAAAGUGUGCUACUUUGGCUCUGCUACAGCUCUGUGGCCGUCCCUCUGCUUUGGUUUCACUCACCACUGAGUCAGACUCAAUGUCCCGCCCACACCUGACUCUCUCUUACUGCGUAUUAUGUUGAAAGUUUCUAAUUUAUUUAAUAAUUGCUUAAAGCAUUUAAACAAAGUUUUAUGUUGGAGUUUGUAACAUUCCAAUCUUCAUUUGGACUUACAUAUUUUCAUUAUCACUGUAAAUGUGUCGGUUUCAAUAAUCAAUAAUCGAUAUCAGCCUUAAAAAACUGGUAUUUGUCAAUCACUACCCCAAACAAUUGGUCAUAAACUGUAUUAAAGUUAGCAUUUUGAUAUAAAAUUAUGAAAGCUUAGAAAAAACAACAUUUAUUGUUAUACGAGUGUAUUUUCACAAGAGGAAUAAUUUUUUUUUUGAACGAUGGAAAAGAUAAAAGUCAUCUUUCAUUUCAUUGUGACUUUAAAAGCAGCUGUUACCGUAAGGGGUUGAGUCAUUUUACAUUUCCCCUGUAGAGACGUCCCAUUUCACCACAGGGCUUUAGGGUUUAGAGUAAAGAUCGGGUUCAGAGUUUGGAGGUCUUAGGACUGAUCUGGUGCAAUAGACACACCAGCUGCUGUCAGGGAGCCCAAACCUCCCACCGACCCUGCUGCCCCGCACUUUCUAGAAAUAUUUUCUAUGUAAAGUAUGUUAUGUAUCUGCUAUGAACAUGUGAUUUCCAGCAAAUUGUCGACAUGUUUGAUCCACGCUUGAUUCUUUGUGAAACACGCCCCACCGACAGAUUUCCCUGCAUGACUCUGUUUCAGUCUGGAUCAAUGUUUCUGUCUCAUGAUGCUACUGAGAGCAAUUUACUGACUGUACUCCUUGUCUAAGCAUCCUAACUACUGUUGUGUAACCCAGAUGGCUUAUCAUAUUUUCUCAUUGAGGGCAACCAGUUCUUGUUCAUGUCAGAACACCCUCUGGCCUGCCUGUGAUCUUCUCCAGUUACUGCUAAUGGGACAGAAUGACGCAAAUCUACAAAAAGCUUAAAACAACAAAAACACAUUGUACAAUCAGGGUCUAAAGAGCUCUUAUUAAAGGUCCUAUUCAACAUACAAUUGACAUUAAACAAAACAGAUUUGCGUAAUUUUUCCUUGACAGCAGUGCAAUGCUGCUUACUUGUGGGAGUCAGUGCAAUACAGCUUGCUGGUGUUCCCUCCAACCACUACGAGUCAAUAAUAGUAGAAAGAAAAAUCUUAUUGAAAGGGAUUUUAUUAUCUUAACUGUGGAUGAGCCGUUUGCUAUUCAGCAUGUGAUCUGAACAAGUUGUUUGCAGAUUAUUGUAAAUGGGGAGAUGUUAUCGACUGAUUAAAGUGAGAUGUUCUGAU